UUCUCUCUCUUUCUCUCACGUUUCAAGCUCGAUCGAGGGGCCAACAGUGAACAGCGCUUACAGUUUUGCCAUCAGUCGGAAUUGAAACAACAAUGCAGGCGGACGCGUUAGUCGCUGGCUAAAUAAAACUAGUAAAAUAUUCGUUAAAACGCGUUCGCAGUUCGUAGUUCUCAACAACAAAAACACAGCGACAAAAAAACAGCAAGAAAACGGAAGUGAAAAAUUCGAGUUUUUCACACAACAUUUUUGCAUUUUCCGCCCGUUAGAUACAAUUGUUGAUCCGCCACAAAAGGCGUCCAUUGUGAGCCACUUGUCUGUCUGUCUGUUCCACGGUCUGUCUGUCUGUCCCACUGUCUGUCUGUCGCAUCGGUCUGUAGAUGGGUCACUCAGUCAAUCGAGUGUUCGUCGGGCUCUCCUAUGUGUAUAACAGCGCUGUCGUAUUUUGGAAAUGAAAUUAGAAAUUGAAAAUAGCUCAUUAGCGAACUGGCAUCAUCCGUGGAUAUGGCUGCAAACGGUUUUCAAAUCGAUUCCACCCAAUCUGAUGGUGCGAUGGCGCAACAACACUGACGCCAUGAUCGAAGCCCAGUACCCGACAGCUGGAGAAUUCGAAUACAUGGAGUGUGGACCAUCGCCGCCGGCGGAGAGUGCGCCGAGCAUGUACGAUAGCUUUGAGGAGCCGACGAGCGAGCUGAGCGUUCAGAUCUGCAAUGAUACGCUUAGGAUUAGCCUUAUAGACCAGAUGAAGAGUGCCGCGGGACGUGUGCGCCUCUUGGAGGACAUUGAGCAGGGCAACGUGGUGGCCGAGGGGCUGGGAACGCACUUUGAGACCUCCUCGAAGCUGGAGAAGAAUCUCAGCUAUUUAUGGGCAGCAUUUCUCAAGCGAUGGGAUCUGCUUGAGGGAUUACUAAACACAGGUGCCGAUCUGCACUUUUGCGAUCAGAAUGGCAUUUCGGCAUUACAUCUGGGCGCCUUCAGCGGUUGCCUGGCCACACUGGAUCUACUCGUGUCCAAGGGGAUCAAUGUCAAUCUGCAGCCCAAGUGCUACACACCAUUACACUGCGCCGCCUUUGGCAAUGCCGUCGAGGCGGCCAAGUUCCUCAUCAAUAGUGGCGCUCUCAUCACCAAAGACACCACCAAGCCCAAUUGCGAGGAGAGCCUGCUCCAUUGCGCGGUGCGAUCCAAUGCCCUUGAGUGCCUGCAGCUCUUCAUUGGAGAGGGAGCUGACGUGAAUUCUCUAAAGCCAAAUGGCACCAAUGCCAUUCACUUGGCCGCUGAUCUGGGCCAUCUCCAAUGCCUGGAAGCUCUGCUGAAUGCCCCAAAUGCCGAUGCCAAUGUCCGCAUCUGCAUUCGGGAAAAGGAGUCGACGGCUCUGCAUCUGGCUGCGGAUGAGGGCAAUGUGGAGUGCGUUGAUCUGUUGCUUUCCAAAGGCGCCGACGCCAAGCUGAAGAACCAUCGUGGCUUUACGCCACUUCAUCUGGCAGCACGAACCUCCAGCUUGGAGUGCGUCGAGUCUCUGUUGCGCAACGGGAAUGCGGAUGCCAAUGCCGAGGACUUUGAUCAUCGGACGCCGUUGCAUGCGGCCGUCGGCAAAUCUGAGAAUGCCUAUGAUAUCAUGGAGACUCUCAUCCAAUGGGGCGCCAAUGUGAACCACAAGGAUAUAUACGGUUUCACCGCUCUCCACUUGGCGGCUCUCGAUGGACUCGUUCAGUGCGUCGAGAUGCUCAUCUUCCAUGGCGCCGAUGUCACAACCAAGUCCAAGAAGGGCACCUCCGCCCUGAAUGUCAUCACACGCAAGACGCCUGCAUCCGUGGCCAUGAUACGUCAGAAACUGGAUGCUGCCAUCACACUGCACCAUUCCCAGGAUCCUGUGAACCGCGAGGUGGAACUUGAGCUAGACUUUCGACAGCUCCUGCAGCAUUGUCAUCCUCGAGAGAUCAGUUAUUUGAACACGUUCGUGGAUGAGGGUCAGAAGGAGAUACUGGAACAUCCACUGUGCUCCUCCUUUUUGUACAUCAAGUGGGGCAAAAUACGUAAAUACUACAUAGGUCGCUUGAUCUUCUGCUUCAGCUUUGUGCUCUUCUUGACGUUGUAUGUGCUGACGGCAUUGGCGCACAAUUGUUACAACGGCAGCAAGGACGACAAUACAACGAUCCAGGCGCAGGAGCUGUGCCAGAAACAGUCCAUAUUGGGAGACAUGCUGCGUAAUAAUCCGUUUGUCAUGGAAAUGCAAUGGUGGGUGUUGGUAGCCAUAACCAUAGUGGAGAUAUUCCGGAAGCUGUAUGGGAUUACAGGCUACUCCUCGUUUCGACAUUAUGUGACGCAGGUGGAGAACAUUAUGGAGUGGUUCGUCAUAACCAGCGUAUUUGUCAUCUCAUACAUUUACACCAAGCAGACGUACACGUUCCAGAAUCACAUUGGCGCCUUUGCCGUCCUGCUUGGCUGGACCAAUCUCAUGCUGAUGAUUGGCCAGCUCCCAGUCUUCGAUGUAUACGUGGCCAUGUACACGCGGGUCCAGGGCGAGUUUGCCAAACUGUUUAUGGCCUAUUCCUGUAUGUUGAUUGGAUUCACCAUCAGCUUUUGUGUCAUCUUUCCAUCGUCAUCAUCGUUUGCCAAUCCCUUUAUGGGAUUCAUCACAGUCCUGGUGAUGAUGAUUGGCGAGCAGGAUCUAUCGCUGCUGAUCAAUGAUCCCGAUGGCAAGGAUCCACCUUUUCUACUUGAGGUCAGCGCACAGAUUACGUUUGUUCUCUUUCUGCUGUUUGUGACCAUAAUUUUGAUGAAUCUGCUGGUGGGCAUUGCCGUGCACGAUAUACAGGGUCUCAAGAAGACCGCCGGUCUGUCCAAGCUGGUGCGACAAACCAAGCUGAUCAGCUACAUUGAGUCGGCUCUGUUCAAUGGAUAUUUGCCCACCUGGCUGCGCAAUCUGUUGCAUUACACGGCGUUGGUUUCCCCACAAGCCUAUCGUGUAGUGCUGUGUGUGAAGCCCCUCAAUCCCAGCGAGAAACGGCUGCCACGUGACAUUCUCAUGAAGGCCUACGAGGUGGGUAAGAUGCGCAAGCACUUUGGCCACACCAUUUCAUCCAAGAAUCCAGCCGAGAACUAUCUGUCGUACAAGAACAAGUACAACAAUACCAAUGGAUGCGUAUCAACUGCAUACGCGCUGCCUGAUCCGGAUCCAGAAUCCGCACAGUUCACCACGCUAACGAAUAAAAUUGAUGACAAUGCGGAUCGCAUAGAGUUUCUCACUCAGGAGAUUCAGGAGCUGAAGCAAGCGUUGAUAUCGCAACAACAACAGGCAAGCAAAGUGAUUGACAAGCUGCUCAUCGUCAUCUCCAAUCAACAGAAGCAGAAUCUGCGCAAAUAGCAGCUGCCACGCCCCGCCCCGCCCCGCCCCUCAUGCCAUUUACUGAUAUUAUCACUAACUACAAGUAUAUUCAAUUAAUUAGUUUAAAAUUGACCUUCCUAGCCUGUAGACUUGACUUGACUUGUGUGUAUAAUCUCUUGCUCCCAAGUUCCCAAGAAUAUUGUUGAUAUUAUGUUUUAGUUAACACAUUUGAUAUCGAAGCGCUUGGCGCACAUUUUACGUAUUUAUGCAAUUACUCUACUGUACCUACAAUAUAUACAUACCUACAUACAUAUAAAUAGAAAUAUACAUAUAAUUAGUUAUUAGGCUACUAUAGAGGCGAGAAGCUGGCAGGUUUGUUUGUGCCUGGCUUUAGGCUGUGUCUUUGUCUUUGUCUUUGUUGUUUGGCGUUGUCGUAUGAGAAGCGUUUAAAUGAUGAUUAAUUAUGCAAAGUUAUACGUUAAAUAAUAAACUAUCUAUGUAUACACCUAUUCUUAUAUACAGUUAGUCAAGUAAUUAUUUGACAAAGAAAUAAA